CCUUUUGGCUAUAGGAUCUUGAUUAGGACACUCAAUCGAUUUCCGAGCCAUCGUUCAUUCCCCUAAAAAUGGCGGAUCUGAUCAAACAGGCACAGCUGCAAAAGAGUGUGAAAAUCGCUCCAGGAGCAGUGGUCUGUGCUGAAAGUGAAAUCAAAGGGGAUGUCACAAUAGGACCAAGGACUGUAGUUCACCCCAAAGUUCGCAUUUAUGCAGAAGCAGGCCCGAUCAUUAUUGGUGAAGGCAACUUGAUAGAGGAGCAGGCAUUUAUAAGAAACAGUUUACCUGAAAACAUUGCACCCGAUUCAGAAGAUAUGGAGCCGAAAGCCAUGAUCAUUGGUACCAACAAUGUGUUUGAAGUUGGAAGCUAUUCCCAGGCAAUGAAGAUGGGGGACAAUAAUGUUAUUGAAUCCAAAGCAUUUGUGGGCAGGAAUGUCAUUCUGACUAGUGGCUGCAUAAUUGGUGCUUGCUGCCAAGUGGAAACGUGUGAAGUAAUCCCAGAGAACACUGUCAUAUAUGGGUCUGAGUGUCUACGUCGUGUGCAGACAGAGCGUCCACAGCCACAAACACUACAGCUGGACUUCCUGAUGAAGAUUCUCCCGAACUAUCAUCACCUCAAGAAAACAACAAAAAUUAGCUCUACUCCAAUGAAAAACUAGCCACUCACUGUCCUCGCGUGCUUCCAGCUGUGCUGUCUUUACACUAUGCAUUUAGUCUAAUGAGCUUUGUUUUUUACUGCUAUUUAUUUAUGUUUUUUCUGUCUAAUGUGCUACAUUAUAAAGGAAACAUAGCACAAAGGUUUUCUGCUGUAAUCUCCUUAUUAUUAAAUGUCCUAACAAAAUAA